CCUACAUUUGCCUUCUUCAAAGUUCCAUGCAGUACGCCUUUGGUCAUUGAACGAGCAGACCCACUCAUCUCACCUGGAGUAGUCUCCAAUCAUGUUCACACCAUUAUGGGUGGAUCUGGCUUCGGGUUUACCAUGAACUACGACAUGACCCAGACGUCAGAGUGCAACUCUUGCUCUGCGAUUGAAGACAAGUCCAACUACUGGGUUGCUGCUCUCUACUAUCACGCGCAGAAUGGAAGUUUCAUCCAAGUUCCACAAAACGGGGGAGCUUUGAUCUACUACGAACAACGCCCUGAUCCAACCACAGAUGGGAAGAUUGUGGCACCACCAGCUGGAUUCCGCAUGAUUGCAGGUAGUCCAUUUGACCGCAGGUAUAAGGAUACCAUCGAAGCCGAUGCGAGAAGCUUCGCCUGUCUCAACUAUGAUGGUCCUGCAACGCCACAAACAAAUGGAUUCCCAGCGACCAAUUGUCCCAAUGGGCUCCGCGCUCAAGUCUACUUCCCAUCCUGCUGGGAUGGAGUCAAUUUGGAUAGCCCCGAUCACAAGUCCCAUGUAGCCUACCCUAACCAGACAUAUGACAAUGGCCCAUGUCCCGCGACACACCCAGUUCGCAUCGUCUCUAUAUUCUACGAGAUUACAUGGCACACCGAGCAAUUCGCAGACAUGUGGUAUGGCAACAGCCAACCUUUCGUCUUCUCCUUCGGCGACCCUACAGGAUACGGGCUGCAUGGCGACUUCGUCAACGGAUGGGACAUUACAGUUCUCCAAGAAGCCAUUGACACCUGCAACGAUGGCGGUGGAGAUAUCACCGAGUGCUCGCCCAUCCAUCUCUAUCCAGAUACCAUCACAGACGGCUGUCUGUUGGAGCAAUCGGUUGAUGAAACAGUUGGUGGAUGGCUGACUGCUCUUCCGGGCUGCAAUCCCAUCCAACCAGGUCCGAACGACGCGACAGUCAGGACUGGCUGUGGUGCGCCCACGCAGAUUGGAUCGCCCCAGCAUUACUAUACUGAUGUAACCGGUGAGCUGGGCUGGGAAUGGAUUGGCUGUGCUGUCGAUAAUGCAGGGGGCGUCAGGAUCCUUGGUGGCGCCAGCUCGGCCGGCUCGGACAUGACGGUCGAAAAGUGCAUUUCGAACUGCAAAGCUGCAGGAUAUACGAUUGCCGGCCUCGAAAAUUCUCACGAGUGCUAUUGUGGCAAUAGCAUUGACCCUGCCAAACAGCCGUCUGUUACACCCAUGGGAAAUUGUCUCUAUCCCUGCAGCGGCAACCCUAGUCAGAACUGCGGGGGCUAUGGCUUUAUUGGCCUUUACCAGAAGUGCGUGGGCAACUGUCAGAAUCUUCAGUAUCCCGUAGUUCCUCACUAG